AUGGCCUCAACGCACGACCUCGAGCCGCUCGCCCUCCCCUCUCGCACCCUCCGACCCUCAGCCAGCUUGCAAAAGCUCUCAACCUCGUGGCGGCGCAACAAGGCCACGACGACCAACAGCAACUCGACUCCCACUGCCUCUCACUCCUUGUCGUCGUCUUGCAACCCUCCGUUCCUUUCCAAUCACGCCCACACGGCCGCUUCUUCUUCAUCCCCUGCGUAUACCCACCAGCAUUCAAGCACAAGCACGACGGCCAACCUCGCACCACCUCGGCCCGCCUUCUUCUACGACGGCCAGUCGGCGUCCACGGCGUCGUCGUCCACGACCACUGGCACACCAUCCUCCUCCUCCGCCUCGGCAUCGCCCAACGCGAGCUCCCUGUCGCUGGACUCGCUCAAGCCAGCAGGUGUGCCCUCGAUGCCGAGCAUGAGGCGCCUCCUCGGUGGGCGACGAGCAAGCGGCGAGGCCAACGACAGGCGUAGCUCCAGUGAGCAGCAGCCGCGGACGCCGCCAGGGCCAGAGCGGAGUAGGAGCCCUCCCACAAAUGCUGCUCCGAGCAAUGGUACGUCAUUUCGCUCGAUCGGACGCCGCCUCUUCUUCAGCAACACCAACAGCAGCAAACCAGACCUGGACCCUUCCUCAUACCCCACGGAUCGGUCCCAUUCCUACUCGUCCGAGUCGACUGCCAACUCCUCGCCCCCGCGCACGCCACCGUCUCCUCAGCAUGGCUUUACGUACACGGGUGGCCUCCCUCAGCUGCCCCCGCUGGCCUCCUUCUCUGUGACGUCCAGCACGACUGCGGAUGGGCUGAAUAUCAGCCCCAAGAGCAAGAUACCCGCAACGCCGAUUGUCAUCCCGCCUCGCCGCUCCUCACCGCCGAAAGCACAGAUGAUGGACCCUUGGGCAAGGCGCGAGCCCUCCACCUCUGCGCCGCUAUCCUCGACCGUACCAGCGCCGUCGAGGACCAGCAGCCUCUUUACCAUUACGCCCACACCAGCAAAACCUGCCGUGACUUCCUCAUCGUCAAAUUCUGGCUUUGCAGCAUCCUCGUCGCUCUCAUCCUCUCUGCCCUCAGCUACAGCAGGCACGUCCGACUUUCUCGGCGACUCCUCCGACUUUCUUGAGGCUGUCCUCUCGCUCAGCACGGACGACGGCGAGACGAGCCAGAGCCUUUUCCGCAACGACGAACAGCAGGCAUCGACUUCGAGGUCCGGCCCUGCACCGAUGUCCACGCUCUCUUCCAGCUUCACGUCGCCGAGCUUCCCCUCAGCUCGGAGCACGACGUCAUUGAGCUCAGGGUCUCGUCGCAUGAUGACCGAGGCGCAAGCCGCGCAGAUCAAUGAGGAGCAGCGCAAGAGGAGACCCAAGCUCACGAUCCGACCUGGCUUCGCAAACCGUAACAAGCCGUCCCUCUGGGCGCAAGACUCGGAGUCGGAUGACGAAUACGGUGGAGACGAGGACAGCAACGAGAGUGGUGGAUCGAGUAGCAGCAACUCGAAGAGGGCGCGCCCAACAUCACAGUCCUUGUUGGCUACGUCGCCGACCACACCGGCAGACCGCAACUCCUUGUUCCCCUCGAGCUUCUCCUUUGGGCGUAGGCGCUCUCCUUCUCCCUCGCCCUCACCCUCGCCCACGUUUGCUACCUUCAAGGACGUCGCAGCAGCAACACCACCGCCAGCGACUCGGACUCCCUCCUCCACCCUUCCCGGCCUCUCUCCACCGGGCCUCUCAACCCCAGCCAAGCGAGCCCUUUACGCCUGCACCCUCCUCAAGGUCCACCCUCAGCUGGACACUCUCCUCCGCCCAGCGAGCAGCACGCCAACUGUGCCCGUCGAGAUUUGCUACCCGCGCUCGAUCAACAGCUCGGCCAAGCUCGCAGCUGCAGCAAAGAAUGGCGGCUCACAGACGGGUGUGGCGGGUGCGCCCCUUACCAUGUGUGCCCGCAAUCUGGGCAUCGCUCUGGCGCAGACGCAGGUGAUGCGCAAAUUGCGAGGGAGGCUGACGAGGAAUGAUGAGGUCGAGAUUGGCUGGUUCUUGAGGGCAUAUGCCUCGGAGCUGGUCAGCCCUGAGGCAAUUGCCAAGUCGCUGGCUUCACGGCCGCAGGUGUCGCCCGAGGCGCAGGGAUUGGCUUCAGCGUCGUCCGACCCUCCUCGCCCUGGUACGCCAGACUCGACUCAGCUGCCCAGCAACCGCGCCACCUCUGCCAUGGACGGGAUGGCUACGUGGGCAUCGCGCGGUACUUUCCUCGAGCGCUGUGUUGUCCACAAGGGAGGCGAGGACAAUGCCUUUGAAAUUGGGGAUGUGGUCGUUGGCGGGGGCGUACGAGCAAAGGGUAAGCCAGCAACCAGGGCAGGCGAUCUGGUCUUCUCCCCCCGUGUGCGCAUCCUUGCUGGCUGGUCUCCGAAGCCAUUGCCGAAGUUGCCUGUCGUCGUCCUUCCUCCGCCGAAGAAGAUGGCAGCUCCUCGGGCGCCGCCGCCAUGGAUCAGGCCUCGUCGCAACCUGCGAGCCGCGCCCAUCCCACCAAGUGCAGACGCCAACGUUCAAGCAGCGCACGACAAGCUGACAGCUCGAGCCGGCGAGCCGGCCACGGAGGCCGACCUACCUUCGCCUACGACGGCCCUCACUCCUGCACAAUCCAUCGCCUUGGAGACCCGACGUCGCCUCUCAGUCACGGACAGCUUCCCGCCUACGCCGGACAGCGUCACUACUUCGCUGCCAGACUCGGACGAACAAGCGUUCGUAAGCGCCGAGAGCGGGAUGGAGAGCGAGGACGAGGUGGAUCUGGAUUUGGGAGGUAACACGACAGACGACGACGACGUGCCCAUCGCGACGUUGCACCAGAUUCGAAGGCGCUCGACUAUCGCUAGCAUGUCCAUUGCAGAGACAUCUACUCUCAAGCCCCCUUCUCCGCCCGGUGAGGCGGAGCAGCGAGAGCAUCAGCAGCAACAGCCAUCAGCUCGUCCCUGGUCACCGUUCGAGCAAGAGCGCAUCUCCCGCCUCGAAAGCGAGCUCGAGCGUCUACGCCGCCGCGAUCGUGAGCGUGAGCAGGAAUUGCUGCGCAUCCAUGCAGAGAAGCGGCUCGAGGAGAACAAGCGCCAGCUCCAGGCAGCGAGGGAACGUCGUAAGCUUGGCACUCAGAAUGAGCUCAGUGCCGUGCUCCAGGACCCGAGGUACGGUGCUGGGGACGCAAUGCUUGCUCACCGGGCUUCGUUGAGGUCGAGCGUCUCGCUGGCAGAUGUGCGACAGCAACAGCAGCAGCACCAGCAGCGCUGGCCCACGAGCGGCGAUCCUCCCAUGAAGAUGCCCAGCCCGAAGGCGGCUCGACCAGCCCCUUCACCAAGCAUGGCACGCGUGCAACCCUCGCUGCCCACCUCGCCCUCACGCAUGUCAUGCUCAUCGCCGACCCCUCCGAUGGACCAGGUAAUGCCGUACCAGCACGAGCGGGCAUCGACCUCACACGGUGGACCACUCAGUCCCCGCGGAGUCCCUCGACGAGGAUCAGCCCUGUUCGCAACGCCUGCCACCCCAACCUUCAACGGCGGUAGUGGCGGCUUCCACCAUCACUACCCCUCUGCCGGCCCAUACUCGCCGCAGAGCCUCCACCACCAGUCCCUUGCGAUGCCCAGUUCGACGAGCAUGGUCCAACUGGCUCAUGGAGGGGCGCCUCAUUCCCAGCUACUGGCAAGCCCGGGAGACUUGCAUCAACCUAGGAGGAGGAGCAACGCUAUGUUGCCUGGUAAUCCACAGCCCUCACCGGCGCACCACUUCCAGCAGUACCCACCGCAGCAGGGGCAAGGGAUGAUGGCGGCAUCGUGGCAUCAGCAUCAGCAGCUUCAGCAGCUGCAGCAGACGGGGCCCUACCAGCAGUCCUACCACGCUCAACAGCCGUACGGCCAACCACAGCCUCUCGUCAUGCUCCAGCGCUCCGAUGUGCCGAUGAGCGCGAGGAGCAGUCGUAUGGGGGCCAUGUAG